AUGGAGGUGCCACCUGGUUUUGAAAGCAUGAAGGGAAGGGUGUGCAGACUGAAGAAGGCACUCUAUGGAUUAAAGCAAUCACCUCGUGCAUGGUUUGGAAGAUUUACAAAGGAAACAGGAAAAUUAGGGUGUAAACCAGUGGCUACACCAAUUGAAUAUAAUCAUAGAUUGUGCAAUGCUCCAGAAGAUUUUGUGGUAGAUAAAGGCUUGUAUCAAAGGCUUGUAGGGAAAUUGAUUUACUUGUCUCAUACAAGGAUGGACAUUGCAUUUGUUGUAAGUGUUGUUAGCCAAUUUAUGAAUGAUCCUAGAGAAAUGCAUCUUCAAGCUGUCAACAGGAUUCUACAAUAUCUUAAAGGAAGUCUAGGAAAAGGAAUACUAUUCAAAAGAGGAGGAGACAUGGUUUUAGAGGCUUAUACUGAUGCAGACUAUGCUGGUUCAUCAGUAGAUCGAAGUAUUAGUGCGGAUGCCGCUUAUUGUUUACCUUGUUAUUUGUUUCAAGGAGAAAACAUUAAUCAAGGUGGUGGUAAUGUAAUUUCGACUAAGGGAUUUACAAAUUGGUAUAGAAAAGAUAGCUUUGCUACACAUAUUGGUCUACCGAAUAGCGUUCAUAAUCAAUCCAAAAGAAAGUGUGAAGAUCUCAUGCGAGAACAACAAUCCAUUCAAGCCGCAUUUUACAAGUUGGAUGAUAAAAGUUUUGCAUUUCGUGGUCAUGACGAGAGUGAAUUGUCAUUGAACAAGGGUAAUUUUCUUGAAGUUCUUUCUUGGUUAGCUGCUAGAUCUGAUGCAAUUAAACCUUUUGUGUUACAAAAAGCUCCAAAAAAUAAUAAAAUGACUUCUCAUGACAUCCAAAAAGAUAUUGUGACUGCGUGUAAGAUUGAAACAGUUAAGGCAAUAAUAGAGGAUAUAAAUAGUGACUACUUUGCUUUAUUGGUUGAUGAAUCUAGAGAUGUGUCACGCAAAGAGCAAAUGGCUAUUUGUCUAAGAUAUGUUGACAAAAUGGGGCUUGUGAUGGAGGCAUUUAUUAGACUUGUUCACAUUAAAGAUACUAGUGUUUUAUCUCUAAAGAAAGUAAUUAUAGAUGUACUUGCUCACCAUUCUUUGACUUUAUCUAAUGUACGUGGGCAAUGUUACGAUGGGGCAAGUAAUAUGCAAGGUGAGCUAGGUGGUCUUAAAACGUUGAUUAGACAAGAAAGUAGAUCGGCUCAUUCUGUUCAUUGUUUUGCUCAUCAACUUCAAUUGACUCUUGUUGCGGUUUCUAAAAAGUGUGUUCAAGUAGGUGAACUUGUAUUAUUAAUUUCAAAUAUUUUGAAUGUGUUGGGAGCUUCUUUUAAACGCGUGGAUAAUUUUCGAGAAUCUCAAAAAAAGCAUCUCCAAAUGGCAUUGGAUAUGGGUGAACUAGAAACGGGUAGAGGGUUGAAUCAAGAACUUGGUCUUGUUAAAGCCGGUGAUACUCGUUGGGGAUCUCACUACAAGUCAUUUGGAAACUUUAUUAGUAGCUUUGACUCUAUUGUUGAUGUACUUGAUACUCUUGUUGAAAAUGCAAGUACUUUGGAAGAAAGAGCAAGCGCAUCGGGAUUUCUCAGAAGUUGUCAAACGUUUGAGACUAUUUUCUUGUUGCAUUUGAUGACAGAUGUUUUAGGAAUCACAAAUGAUCUUAAUGUUUCAUUACAGAAAAAGGAGCAAGACAUUGCAAAUGCCAUGAUUCUUGUAAAGGUAGCAAAGAGAAGGUUGCAAGCUUUAAGAGAUAAUGAAUGGGAUCCUCUCUUUAAAAAAAAUAUUGGAUGGGAUUCACUUAAAGAAAAGGUAGAAGCAUUUUGUAUCAAGCAUGACAUUUCAUUACCCAAUUUUGAUGAUCCAUAUGCUAAUUCUGGGAGAUCACGACGUAAAGUAGUUAUUUGUACUACUUUGCAUCAUUAUCGUGUGGAUGUGUUUUAUAAAAUCAUUGAUUGGCAACUACAAGAACUUAAUGAUCGUUUCAAUGAGGUGACAAGUGAUUUGCUUAAUGGAGUAUCUUGCUUGAAUCCAAUUGAUUCAUUUUCUAGUUUUGACAUAAAGAAGAUAAUGAGAAUGGCUGAAUUAUAUCCUGAUGAUUUUGAUGGGUCCAACAUGAGAGCUCUUGAGAAUCAACUUGUUAAUUACAUUAUUGAUGUUUGUGAUAUUGAUGAAAGGUUCUCCAAUUUGGGUGGACUUGGAGAACUUUCAAGAAAGUUGGUUGAGACAAAGAAGCAUUUAACCUAUUCUCUCGUAUUUCUUUUAGUGAAGUUUGCUUUGCUUCUACUUGUUGCCACUACUACAGUUGAAAGAGCUUUUUUGGCAAUGAAGAUUAUCAAGAAUGACUUGCGAAAUCGAAUGGAUGAUGAAUUCUUAGUUGGUUGCAUAGUGCCUUAUGUAGAGAAAAAAGUAUUUAAAGAUGUUUCUAAUGAGUGUAUUAUGAAAACAUUCAAGAUAUGA